UGGAGCGCAGGGAGCAGGAGCACCGCGCGCCCGGGGAGCCUCGGUCCGGGGAGCCGGCCGCGGACUGCGGGGGCCAGAACUUUUCCUGGGGCCCAGCGUGGACAUCGCGCCAGCCUCCCCUGGUCCUCACCCACCUUUCGCUUUGGAGGUCUCAGCCCGAUCUCCUGGAGGCCACUGGUGCCACCCACCCCAACACGGGAGAGCAAACUUUCUUAGGGAAACCAUCCCUGCGUGGGCUGCCUGGACAGGGAGGAGCACAGCUGGACAGACAGAUGGACAGAAGGGCAGGUCCUCUGCAGGCCUGUCCUCCCAGGGUUGCCUCCCAUCGACAGCUGCAGGGUGGACGGCUGAGGGGCUGAGGGCUCCAGAGGGGCAGGGAGGGGACCUGUGGCCACCUGCCAGCCACCCCAGAGCCCAGGCAGUGACAAGCUGCUUUCCAAGGCCCAGCACUGUGUCUGGAACCCUGUCAGGGGUCAGGACAGGCGCUCCUGAGGGACAGAGCCACAGGCUCUUCACCCACCGAGGCGACGGGCAACCUGAGCGAGAAGGCGCAGGUGGCGGGCAGGCAGGUGCGGGGCCCCGAGGCCGACAGGCUGCUGACCCUGGAGCAUGCUGGCUCGGGGACCCCUGCCCUGGCCAGGGACGAUGCUGCCGAGGCUGCCACCAGCCGCCCCUGCCCUGUCCUGGAGCUGCCUCCAGCCUGGCCCCUGGGCUGCGGAGCCGAUGAUGUGCCCGCCUUCUGCUUGGUCUGCUUCCACAGGAAGGAGGAAGAGGAGCUGCUGGAGGAGGUCCCCCUGCAGAGGGAGAAGAUGAGCGUGGGCUGCCCAGAGCCCGACCCGCCGCACUCCCUGCCCUGCUGUGGGCCAGGGACCACCCCAGGCCCGGGCACAGGUGUGCCCCUCCUGACCGAAGACAUGCAGGCACUGACCCUCCGCACACUGGCUGCCAGCGAUGUCACCAAGCACUAUGAACUUGUCCGGGAGCUGGGCAAAGGCACCUAUGGGAAGGUCGACCUGGUGGCCUACAAGGGCACAGGCACAAAAAUGGCACUGAAGUUUGUGAACAAGAGCAAAACGAAGCUAAAGAACUUCCUGCGGGAGGUGAGCAUCACCAACAGCCUCUCAUCCAGCCCCUUCAUCAUCAAGGCCUUCGACGUGGUCUUCGAGACUGAGGACUGCUACGUCUUCGCCCAGGAGUACGCGCCUGCUGGGGACCUGUUUGACAUCAUCCCUCCCCAGGUUGGGCUCCCGGAGGACACCGUGAAGCGCUGCGUGCAGCAGCUGGGCCUGGCGCUGGACUUCAUGCACGGGCGGCAGCUGGUGCACCGCGACAUCAAGCCUGAGAACGUGCUGCUGUUCGAUCGUGAGUGUCGCCGGGUGAAGCUGGCCGACUUCGGGAUGACGCGCCGCGUGGGCUGCCGCGUGAAGCGCGUGAGCGGCACGAUCCCCUACACGGCGCCCGAGGUGUGCCAGGCGGGCCGCGCCGACGGCUUCGCGGUGGACACGGGCGUGGACGUGUGGGCCUUCGGCGUGCUCAUCUUCUGCGUGCUCACCGGCAACUUCCCGUGGGAGGCGGCGUCGGGCGCCGACGCCUUCUUCGAGGAGUUCGUGCGUUGGCAGCGCGGCCGCCUGCCCGGGCUGCCGUCGCAGUGGCGCCGCUUCACGGAGCCGGCGCUGCGCAUGUUCCAGCGCCUGCUGGCCCUGGAGCCCGAGCGCCGCGGGCCGGCCAAGGAGGUCUUCCGCUUCCUCAAGCACGAGCUCACGUCCGAGCUGCGGCGGCGGCCCUCGCACCGCGCGCGCAAGCCGCCGGGCCCCGGGGACCGCCUGCCUGCCGCGGGGCCGCUGCGCCUCGAGGCGCCCGGGCCGCUCAAGCGCACGGUGCUGACCGAGAGCGGCAGCGGCUCGCGGCCCGCGCCCCCCGCUGUCGGUCCAGUGCCGGUGCCGGUGCCCGUGCCCGUUCCGGUGCCAGUUCCGGUGCCUGAGGCUGGCCUGGCGCCCCCGGGGCCCCCUGGCAGGACCGAUGGCCGCCCGGACAAGAGCAAAGGGCAGGUGGUGUUGGCCACGGCCAUCGAGAUCUGCGUCUGAGCCGGCCCCGCCGCCCUCGGGCCAGGGCGCCGAGCACGCAGCCGGGCGGCUGGGGAGCAGCCCUCGGUCCGCGCUGAGCCGGUUCUGCCAGGCGGCGGGAUAUGGAGCAGCCGCUCGGCGGCGGGAGGGAGUAGCAGUAGAGUAGGCGGCCCAGGCACCCGGCCAGUCCGGCGGGCGGGUGAUAGAGCCACCAGGAGACCUUGCGCGGCCCUGCCGGUGGGCCUCGGCCCAGGGAGCCAAACCCCGCAGACUCGAGGAUUCAGAGGCCCCGACACCAGAGCCAGGGAGCUUGCGGGCCAGACGCCCCCACACCUCCCUGAGCCCUGGGACCCCUACAAGUUGCUCCUGGCCCUUUGCACACCCUGGUAGAUUAUCCCACAGUCCCCGCCCUUCUGGCCACUCCACUCUGUCCCCAUUGCACCCUGGGCACAGAAAGGGACUGAAGCUUAGGGCUGAGAUAGGGCGCGAGUCCUGGUGCGAAGGAGGAGGGCAUCCAGCAGAGGGCAGGCAUAUCCUGCCCCUUUCCUGGGAGGCUGGAGGGAGAGGCCAAGCCCCUGGACAAUGUAGCACAAGUCUGGAUGUCACAUAUGUGCGGGCACAGGCCCCAAGAAUCUAGUGGUGUCCCUACACCCCCAUUCUGCUGAUAAGAACCCUGAGCCCAGGAGGGGAGACAUUGCCCUGGCCACACAGCCACUGAGGUGGUGCUCUGGUAGUCCUUCCACUCUCCCUAUCCCCAAAACUACUGUCCUUACACCUCUGGGGGUCAGAAGGGCUCCAGGGCAGGGGUCUCAGGGGCCACCGCAUCCUCUAGGGCAGGGGAGCCCAGGGCAGGUCCAGCUCCCUCUGCAGAGGCACCUGCCGCCUGCCCCGGGAGAUCCUCCCAGUCCUCGGGCUCCACCUGGACACUCAGUGGGGACCCCAGGGGCAGCGAGUUAGUUUGGAACAGUCAUUUCUCCUGGGCUGCUGCUGGGGUCAGACAUUCCAUUUUCACGUUGCCCCGUCAGGCUGACCCCACCCCCACCUCUGUAGUCCCUGGAGAAGGCAGGGGUAGGAGGGCAUCUGUGGGCAUGAGGGAGGGCGUGGAAGCCCGCGAGGGCAAGUGACUGGUGUGUGCGGGUGUGUAGAGCACAUGUGUGGGAUGCCCUGUGCUUCCCGGUGACUGUGCAGCCAGACGCCUCUGCACCCCUGCCUGGGCCUCCUCACCAGGCAGCUGUCAAGAGGGCGGCCAGGCCUGCAUUUUGACCACACCCCUCAGGGAAUCCAGCAAGGAGGCACCUGCGGCCUGGUCCUGGCCCCUGGGCGGCAAAACCAAGAGGAAAGGAGCCAGCCUCAGCCAGCUCCCCGCGACCCGCCUCUGUGGAGGCUGGGCCUGCAAUAACCUCAACAUGGGUGAGGCUGCUCCCGCUGCCUGGCAGUGCCCUGCCCACCAGCCCCGGCUGCCUCUACCAGGGUUCCUCCUGGGGUUCUGGAGCGUUUGAGGGGACUCCUUGAUAGGCCAGGCCUGCGACAGGGGACACCAACCACCCUCUGGCCUGGAGCCCCCACAUCUCCACCCACCCCUCAGUCCCACCACGCAAAAGGGCUAUCGGUCCCCUGCCCUGCCCAGUUUACAAUCAGCGUGUGGUCAUCCAGGGCCUGGCCCGCUCCCCAAUGCGCCCGAUCCUCGAGACCCCUCUCCCAGAGGGCAUGGGGCCCACCUACGCCAGGUAAGUAGCAAACCCCCUCCCGCCGAGGCCACAUCUCAGAGAAGGCCCCGUCACUGCCCGGCCACCUGGGCCGUCCAGGCCCUCUGUCCAGCAGCCACUUCUCCUUUUGCCUUAGGCCUCUCGACAGCCUGAUCUCCUGCAAUAACAAGGAAGCGAGACUCCAGUCCUCGUCCCCGCCAGACUCCCUCUCCCUCUCUGUUGAGAUCCUGUUGGGAGUGUCCUCCCUUGUCGUACUAGUACCUAGGAUGUUAGAGCUCGGGGGACCAUAGCUAUGUAGCCCACUCCCCUCUGUUUUCAGCGGCAGCAACCAGCCUGACCCUGAGCAGGACUGGAACUGGGCCAGGACUCUGUUCCUGUUGCCGCCGCCGCUGCUGCUGCUAUUGUCUCUGUUGGUCGGGUUGGGACCCUUUGCCCCUUAGGAGAGGUGUUGGUCACAGAUGUUUACCUCAGUUUAUGUCAUUGUUGAAGAAACAAAAAAAUAGCAAAAAAUUAAUAACACCGUAGACAUGGAGACUUAGAAGACAAAAAAAAAAAAAUCACAAAAAACCCUCCCCCUUGCGGUUCCUCUGUGAAGGUACAAUGUGUACGUGUGUGUGCGCACCUGUGGGGGUCUCUGACCCACCCCGGGGCAGGCCAGGGCGUCCCGGGCCUCUGUCCAAGCCCCUGUGUCUCCCACACUGCCCCCGUCCUUCGGUGCUUCCCAGAGGCCCCUCUGAGCUGGCCUGUGGGGUGUGGGGAGCCCCAUGGAUGGGAGGUGGGGCCACGGGCCAGCUGGAGGGUCCCCCACCAGGUCCACUGAACAGAGCCCCCAGGCUGGUAGCAUUCAAGCCUGGCUUGGGACCUGGGGCAGGGUCCUGGGUGGAACCCCAGCCCCAGAGCCCCAGACUCAUGUCUUGCCCCCGCGACCCCCCAAUAUGUGUUUGUAAAUACUCUGGCACCCUUUGGCCCUGAGAAAGUUUUUAAAUGUGUUAUCUACUUCUCUUAUCAUGACAAUUGCUAUAAAAUAAACAAAAGUUUAGAAAAAUUA